GUAAUGGAUGCUAGUACAUGCAGAUUAUGUCGUUGUCUCAGUUUGAAGGAUAUCAUAUCAAGUGGAGUCUUGUGCAAUGGACUUUGCUUACCUCUGCUUUAGCAAUGGCAUGGUUGUGUUUGAACGUUCUUGAGCUGUUUUAUUCCCCUGAGCGUUUGCUCCAAUCGUAGCAUUGUGUGGCUCGCGGAUUGGUUGUGUAUUCAAAUGUCAUAGCAGCCGUUUCCUUACAAUGAAACCUUAGCUAAGUAUAUUCCACUUUUGUAAAUACUGCCAAGUGCAACAGGAAAUAAAAAAAGCAUAAACUAAGGAAAAUAGUAGGCGAUUAAAAGUUUACAAUUUCAGUGCCAAAUUUUACCAUUUGAACUCUCUUACAUCUUCUUCAUUUUACUACCAUCUUCAGACUUUUCUGUUCUAUCUUUACUGGUAAAUCAGUACUACCCUUCUGUUUACUCAUAUCUAUAUGCUCAUUAACUAAACACCCCUUCACCUAUUAUAUUGACUCUGUAAUUCCAGAUAAUUAUUUCUUCUUUCGAACUUCUAUGAUCCGACAUUUGGUUAUUCAAUUACUAAUUCUUGCGCAUCUGGCAUUUAAAUCUCAGGGCGAAACAACCUAGUAGUUCUAGAUUACUUAACCUGCUUUGCUUUUUGACAUUUUCUUCAAACCAAUUUCGAGUCAAUCCAGCUAAAUGAAGUAGAGAUCCAGUAUCAUUAUUACAUUAUUAAAAUUCUUCGACGAAAGAAAUAGCAAUAUUCAGGCAACAUUCUUGGUUUUUAAUAUAUAGUUUAUCUGAUAGAAGAAGGUUAACUUUGCGGAUUUUGAUAUGGCAAAAACGAAAUCAAGUCAGCAGGACCGACAAGUUCAUUUACCCAUGAAUAAUAGCGAUGGUGAUUUCUUCUACUCCAACUCAGCUCCAAAAAAGGGGAAAAAGGCCAAUUGCUGCCUUAUUCUAGCAGCGAAAUUCAUCCACUAUUUAGUUUUUGUGCCUUUCAAAAUUUUUCUUUGUAUCAUCAGUUUGCUAGAGACUAGUGCCUGUCUGUGGUUUAUCCUAAUUUGCAUGCCUACAAUUUUGAUAUCGCCAGUUUUGUACAGAAAAAUUGUUGAUUUUUUCGUAGAGGAGUUCUGCAAGUUUACCGUGCAACUUUUCUGUAUCACCAGUGGAGCGAAGUUGAAAUUGAGUGGGGUUCAAAUUGAUAAAUUGGACAAAACUACGCCGUUUGUGCGGGAGGCGUUAUGGCCCGUGUUCAUAUGCAAUCACAAAACACAAAUGGACAUGUUAGCAGCAUGGCUCUUACUGUACAAGCUGAACAUACCAUGUAAUGUGAUUAAAUUUAUGGCUGCAUCCUAUACCCGCUAUGUGCCAGGGUACGGAUGUGGUCUUCAGGUCAUGAGGUCAAUAUUUCUGACCCGGUCAAAUACAGAGCGCGAUUUGCAACAGAUACGGGACAUCAUGUCGUUUCACGCGUUCUACGGCAUCCCCAAGGGCUUCUUGAUGUAUCCCGAGGGAACUACGAUCUUCAAAGAGUCCCUGCAAUCUACGAACAGAUUUGCCGCCAAGAACAAUCUCCCACCCCGCAAACACAGUCUCUAUCCCAGACACAAAGGUCUUUAUGAGCUUCUUCAUGCCAUGCGCGACACUUUGGUGCUAAACGAGCUGUUCGACAUGACUGUUGCGUAUGAGGAGUUCCGAGGCAUGAACGAAGACUUCACACUUGGUCGACUAUUCUUCCAGGGUCCAGUUCAGAAAAAGUACCACAUCCAUCUGGAAAAGCACGACGCCAUACCGCUGAGUGAGUACUCGGAGCUGGAGCUGAGAGACUGGCUGUUUGAAGUGUUCGAGGAGAAGGAGAGAAGACUCGAGUUCUUUGAGAGCAACGAACCACCCUGCUUGGAUUUCGGGAAUAAGGACGAGGUUUACAAUGCAACUUUCACUGGUUUUGAGUACUUGGCUGGAUUGUCGAGAAUCAUUUGGCAUCUAUCGCUGGUGGUGCUGAUCUUCGUUCUGCCUUGGUACUACAUCAGAUUCUACAAGAUUCACGAGUACAUCGGACUCAUUUGCUACCCAGUGGCACUCGUCGCACUCACCGUCCUCGGCUUCUUUGUGGGACUGGAUCGCAUAGAACGUGGUCUGGAAAGACUGCACUUACUUCUCAUCUGUUGGCCUUUGAUCCAGUGGAAGCCUGACCAUAUACCAUGUGUACACGCUAAUCCAGACGAUGUGAGGCGGACACCGCAAACUAAAGAGUGGUUUGGCGGAGGAUUGGGAGCCAGAAUUUUCGGCGGGGAGAACAAUCCAUCAUUGGCAAUAUCCAGUAUCUCCAAUCGCAUCAGUGUUUGGACGGGGAGAUUCGAUUUUCCCAACUCCGGUGCCUCUGCUCCCAACCCAGAAAGCGGCGUCCUAUCAGAGUUGGAACCGCGUAAUAUGCCGAGCUUAGAACCGACUGAAGAACCAAAUGACGGCACUACUAUUCAUGAAACUGGCCAUGUGUCUGCACUACCUGAGGAAACCAGUGCCCUGUUAUCCACUCCACCCGCAACUUCAAAUAGUUCUGAUUUUGAUAAGAAGGAAUACGACACAAUACCUCAGCAUCGCCAGUCACCUCCCAUUCAUAUCCGUUCACAGUGUUCCAACUCUAUUGCAUCUGGUUCAGUCGACGCCCUUUUGCAGUGCUAGCUAGCUCUAUAAAUUUUCAUAUUUUUAUGCUUUGAACAAGCAAUUGGUUCUGGAAUUCAGUGUUAUCAAGACUGAAUUAAAUAGUGCAGUGUUAUCAAGACUUCUUUAUAAAAACAAUUUUUAUUGUUUGGCGAUUAAUUAAAAGUGCAGAAUAAGUACGGCUGUCCAAGUUAAACAGAGGUUUCAGCCACAGAUUGUUUUGAAUGAUUUUCUUUGCCAAAAAAUGGUUCAAAUUUUCCGAGGACACUGGUUGUUAAUCUGGCAAUAAUUUUGGGAUCUG